AGAGGUUCCCCCUCCAAACAAUCUUUACGUGUCCCAGUAUUCACCAGAAACCAUAGUGAGAUGGACCAGUGCAAUGGGUGAAGCACCUUCCCUGGUGGAAAUAAUCAGAGACCAUGAAGUCAUAUACGCCAUUCAUGAAGACAGCUGCAACUCCACCAUCACUGACCUGCAACCUUAUGUAGAGUACACUGUCAACAUCACCACUGCACUCAACAAUGGCCGUUACAGUAGACCAACCUCCAAAACCUUCAGCACAGUUCUAGCCCUGAGGCUGAUCCUGGUUGGGAGACCUGGAGUGGGGAAGAGUACCUCCGGAAACACCAUUCUUGGUGAAGAUCACACUUCUACCUACAACGUGUUUUCUUUGAAAAAUGUCACUACUACAUGUCAAUCAAUAUCAACCUCAAGCCCACGUGAAAUGCAGGUGGUUGAUACUCCUGCUAUAUUUGAUGCAUCCAGAGAUAAAACCAAAAUUGAGAAGGAUGUCCUGCGUUGGAUUAAGAUAUCUUGUCCAGGUCCCCAUGCCUUCCUGCUGGUCAUGACAGUGAGUCGCUUCAGUAAACAGGAUCAGAAUGCAGUCAGGGCCCUCCAGGAGAUCUUUGGGGAGAGGGUGAAAGACUACAUGAUCGUCCUCUUCACCCGUGGAGAUGAGCUUGAAGGUCAGACUAUUGAAGAGUAUGUGUCCAGUGGCUCUGAGGAACUACAGAAACUGAUCAGAAGCUGUGGAGGGAGAUUCCAUGUGUUUGACAACACCAAGGAGAGACAUUACAACAGUACUCAGGUAGUUGAGGUGGUGAAGAAAAUAGAUGAGAUGGUAGUAGCUAACAGUAGACAGCAUUUUACUAAUGACAUGUAUGAAGAAACAACCAUAGUCAUGCAGGAAAGAGGCCUUGGGAGGUACUCAGAUUCAACCGAGAUAGCUCAGCACGUUUCCUUCCUCCCUCUCCUCCAAAGGAAGUCAAACCAGGAUGCCGACGUCAUCGUGUACAAGUUCGAACAGGAACUGUAA